AUGGCUGUACGAGAUUACUUAGUGUCUAGUUUGAAUCCUGUUUACUGGGAGAUCUUUAGACUCAACGAAGAGGCUGAGCUCUCUAAACGUUAUGUGAAUUUUUAUUUGCGUCAACUUAUCGCUAUUGCUGUCGGCGUUAGUGAUGGAGCUCAGUACUGGUCUAACAACAAAGCAUUUAUCUUGAUCACGGACAAUGGGACCGAAGUGUUUACGAAACUCCCGAACCCAAACGCCGGACCCCCUAAAUACACACCUGCUUCUGAAGUCGCUACCCGCAAGUUGCUACGAGAGGUUUUCAAUAUCCCUGUUCCCCGCGUUUUUGCGUGGUCUGCAAAUGCAGCGAGUAACCCUGUCGAGGUAGAGUAUAUCAUUGAAGAGAGGGCACCUGGUGUUAGGCUUGGAUAUGCAGAGGAUCUCAACAUUGAAUCUACUAUCCCUGAAGCCCUCGAGCCGCUUCCAAUAGGCCCACUUACUUCAGCCGAGCUGUGGGUGCGCAGGGCGAGAGCCAUGUGA